GGUUGGAGGAUAUCCCGAUGGCAUCUUACUCAGUACCCUCCACUGAGGGCCCACCUGAGCGGAGUCUUUGUGAGUCCAUUCAACAAUCAAUAGUAUCGAUUUCCAAAACAACCAAUAGGGAACCAACACAAGAAGAAGAAGAACUGUCGAAGUUGCUCAUUGAAAAGAUACUACCUCCAUUCAAUAAAUCCAUCAAAUUGCAAGCAAUCGUUGUCUAUCAAGCGGACCAGGAAAAGAUGAACUGUCUUCUCGUGAAUCGACGUAUUGACAAAAGGGAUGUCUUGAAUCAAAACGAAGUCAAGGCUUAUGGUCUAGAUCAGAAAUCUCGGUUGUCGGACUCGGGGUUCGUCGAAACCCCGGGACGUGCUGAUUCGACACCAAGUCCACCCAAGUCACAGGACAGCACUUGCCUUACAGAACAAAGUGAGAGCGUCGAACAUGGAUCUCGUCGAAAACGCAAGCUGUGCAGACCAUGUAAAAUUCCUCAGAAUGGUGUGAUGGAACCUGUACCAUUUCGUUCCUCGAGUCCUAAUGCCAAAUUAUUUAAAGAGGACUCGCCAGUUCAGAGUCACUCGCCGCCCGAACAGCAACCACUGGUGAGUGUAGCUCCUACAUCAGUGGAGGUGUUGCCAAUCACCCAAAAUGGACUAUCAGACAGUGUUAUUCUACCCGUCUCAGCAGUUACUUUACUCCCUAGAGUGAGUUUAUUUUCCCUACCGGUCACUGUCCUUUCUACCUUACCUCGCCCAAUCCUUCCGCGAGUCGGCAUCGACCGACCCGCGUGCGUUACCACCGUUUUUUCCAUGCCCACCACUCUGUCACAACCAGUUCCCUCUAUUCACACUCGACCACCAGAACCGUCACAAGCGUCGGAACAAACCACAUCCCCGGCAUGCUUCACAGACAACAACUCGCUUAACCGCCGCUUUGGUAAAUCGUUUAUCUGCAAUCAGUGUCGAAAAGACUUUGCAUCACUGAAUCUCCUUUGUGCACACACCUUUUCUGUUCACCGAGGCUUCCGAUGUACCAUUUGCAGGGCCCAAUUCACUCAGCGGUCGAAUCUACAGCGUCAUUCCCUACGUCAUGUUGGAUUUAAGCCGUUUGUAUGCAAGAUUUGCGAUAAGGCAUAUUAUAGAAAAGAUCACUUAGUCCGUCACAUCGAACUCACACAUCCUGGUUGUGAUCCACGGGUGAGUCUCACAGUCAAACUCAGUUCAGCUGAAUGUUUGGAUUUUCUUGAGAAACUUCAACAGAAGAACCUUGAAUCAGAGCAGGCCGAACUUUUGUACCAAACUUCAGAAUGCGAAGUGAUGACAGAAGGCCACAAUUUGUCUACUAAUAAUCCUGAUGCCACAAACAAAGUUUCUGAAAUCGGUGGAAACGAGCUGGCUCCCGAGGUAGUGGCUCUUAAAUCAACUGUCACUUUACCCUUGCCCCAACCAGCAGAGAAUUCAGUGACUGGUACAUGA